ACGUUAUGCUGCACGUUUUAAUAUUUGAUGCCGGAUUUGGUCUCUGUCGAAUCAACUAGAAGGGAUUGUGAACAGCUCAGCAUCUCAUGCCCUCCUUCACAGCAGCAUGGGAGGCAAGAUCCAAAGUCAACUGGAAAAGGUCAUCCUGUCCAAGUGCAGCAGUAGGGAUUCAAGAUUUAGCACCAAUUUCCGAAAACGAGUCUUCAAUGCUGCUGCAAUAAGCGUGGCCUCUCCAUUUCAUAUCCACCGUGUUUCGACGCGUUCCGGACUCUGAGUUCCGUCAGAGUCCGGAAGUCACAGCUUCAAAGAGUUCGCUAGUUUAUCGGUUGAGAUCUCACAACUCACUUCCGUUCGGGUUGCGUUGCCUCUGUGAUCAUGAGUUGGUGGAUAUACUGGAUGGAUCAACUGGUUAUAAUGAUACUGUUGUUUCCUUUUGUGAUAUCUGCGUGCGUGAGUAGGAUUGCCUAUGUGAUCAUGCCUUGGUGGAUCGACGUACCGUAUGUGUAUGGUUUUAUGAUAUUUGUGUUCGUGAGAUGGGGGAUCAGCGUACUGCUUACUGAGAGAGUGAGGAGCUGGUAUGCGAGGGUCGGCGCGACAAAUGGUGGAGUCCACAAUGAUGUGGAGCGAUCUCUCAGAGAAGAUCUGAAGUACAGCAAGGAUGAUAUUGAUGCGAUCCGGUCUAGCACCUCUGUACAGUUCAUUUAUUACUGCCAGUCCGCUUUCGCUUCGACGGGCUCCUGUCGAUGGGCAUGGCAGCGCGAAUCGGCAAGGCCUGCACCUCUCCCGGUACUUCCCCACCAUGAUUUCGCCGUCCUUCGUCUGAAAGCAAGAAACUCCGAAGGCAAACUCCUUCAGUUCUUCAUCAGCGCCGAAAAGGAAGGUAGAGGACAAGGCGGAGGGACUCCGGGGAUCUACAUCCACUUACUGACCCGUUCGGCUUUCCGGGAACUCCGUGAUAAUCAUAAUAUCAUAUAUUCCUGGAAAGGUUACUCGAUCCAGGUGCCGCUCGGUGAUCUUACCACAACGCUUGAAGGACAUGAUACAAACUAUAACCUCCUCAACAACAAUUGCUGGAGGUACGCGAAGGCAGCGUGCAGAAGUGUAAUCCUGCUCCUAAGCCAGCAACCUGGUGUCAACCCUGAGCAGAAGCAACUCCUCUUAAAAUCUUCUAGGAUGGUAAGUUACACUGUAACCAAGAAAGCCAUUAAAAAAAUUGGCGACAUUGUAUUUUUCUUUAGCGCAUUGCAUAUCUUCAGUCCCUUUGAACCCAUAACAGCCAUAAUAGCCACUUUGAUCGCCUUUGAAGUGAAAGGAAUUAGACUUUUUUUCAUUUUAUUUAUAGGGACUGGCUUUGUAUACACAUCAUCUUCCAAAGCCGUGGCAGUAAUUCUACCUAUUUUGAGUGUUGUGAUCAGUUUAGGUUUCUAUAGGUUUCUUGAUUCUUGGAUAGAUUUGUAUAGAAUCAAGACUGGUAAUAGAUCUUGUCGAUUGCUGGACGUGGCUCUACGUAUACCUAGAGACGAAAAUAUGGAACCCGUUGUAGUAAUUGCACUUACUGUCUGGAUCACUGUACUUAUCUGGACUAGCUCUGUAACCACACCAGCCACUUUGGAAGCCGCUAUAGCAGUUGCAGUUUAUGUCGGGAUAAAAAUAGUUAUCUUGACUGGUGAUAAAAUUGGAGAGUGGUUGAAUACUUGGAGGAGCAGACCUGACCGCCUCCAAGGCUAAAGAGGCCUAGUAUGGUGCUUGAUAUCUGAAUUUCAUGCGUUCAGCUCACAAGUCAUCUCACAAAAAGCAAGGCCUCUUCCAGACUUCUUGUGUUACAACUGUAUAUUGAGGUUUAGAGUUGAACCCCAUACCCUAAAUGUUAAUAGAAUUCUUGCCGCUUCUUAGCCAGCAACCUGAUGUCAACCAUGAGGAGAAGCAGAUCUUCUUAAGAGAUGUCGAGGACGUGAGUCGCUCUCUAACCACAAAAGCGGUUAGAGAAAUUGCAGUUAUCAUCGAGAUCACUUUACUUAUCUGGACUGAUGGGAAAAAUUAGAGAGUGGUGGACUAAUGGGAAUAGCAGACCUGACGACUCCAAGGCUAAAGAUGCCUGGUAUGGUGCUUGAUGUCUGGAUUUCAUGUAUUGAGCUCACAAUUCAUUUGACAUACAGCAAGGCUUCUUCGAG